AAAAUGGAAGUGGUCCUACUAGUCUUCAUGGUCCUGAUCGCACUUUGCCGGACUUUCCAAGAUGAUGAUGAGUGGAUUGAUCCAACAGACAUGCUUAACUAUGAUGCCGCCUCAGGAAAAAUGAGGAAAAAUAUGAUUAUGGAGGAAUACAAAAAGAAAGCUCAAGAAGAAGGUUCUCAGUGCUGUAGUAACCCUAUUUUCAGACGAUUCCUGCUAAAGAUUUUGGGUGAGGUUCGGCGGUUGGGUUUGCCAGAUGAGUCCAACUCAGAGGUCCAUUAUGAUGCAGAAGUGCGCUUAACAAGGCAUAUGUUCGCAGAGAUUGAGAAGUUCCUUAAUGACACUGACUGGAGCGUUGGGGCUUUGGAUGAAGCAUUGAGUAGGACCCUGGUUAAAUUCAAGCCUCACAAUGAGGAAGAAUGGAGGUGGGAAUUUGAGGAUUACGUUGGUGUGGACGCAUUCACUCUUUUCAUGAUUCUUCUGUGUUUGCUGUGUGUAGUUUUAAUGAUAGCCACGGAGAUUUGGACACACAUAGGAUGGUAUACACAGAUCAAGCGAAUCAUUAUUCUAAGCAUUAUAAUCAGCUUUGGAUGGAACUGGCUGUACUUACAUAAGGUCGCGUUUGCUGAAUGGCAGGCUAAAAUAGCAAAGAUGAAAACGCAUGACAGUUGUGGAGAGAAGACCAGCUGUACUAAAGGCCCGUUUGAUUGGAUAAAGUCCUCCAUCACCUUUAAAAAUGAUCCUUGUGAAGAAUACUACAAAACUCUUUUGAUGGACCCAACAACUAAAGCACUAGCAAUAACAUUUACAAACUUUGUAACUGAACCCUUAAAGCACUUCGUGAAAGGAAUUGGGGAGUUCAUUAGUUCUUUGCUUUCAGAAAUCCCAAGCCAUUUGCAAAUUCCAGUCUUUAUUUGCCUGACAAUUGCUCUAUUGGCUUUUUGUUACGGGAUCGGCUCUUCAGUAGGACAAAAUAACAUGGUACGUUAUCUAUCUGGUCCUGACCAAGGAAGAAGGCAUGCUGUGGAGCACCAGUUGCCCAAUCCUCCACCAACAGCCCAAGAGCAAUUGCCUCCAGACUCUAGCAGAAAUGAUGUUUCUCAACCUAAAGAAAAGGAUUCUGUAGAGGAACCUAAAGGAAAUGAAGAUAUUCAGCCAAAUGUGGCAUUAAAUGUUUCAGCAUGUACCCCUGAGACUGAACAAACCAUCAGAGACAGAGACAGCCCAAACGUGGAGACUCUUACAUGCAAUGUAAGUGAACAGGUAGAUCAAAAUGAAGGAUUCUCCACUUAA